UGAGCUGAGAGGAUCCUUGUUACCAGUCACAACAAUUGCUGGUGGAAGGGACUCCAAGGAGAAUACAUUAUCCAUGUGUCAGCCGCUCUCCAGCAGACUGUGACUUGCAUAAAUGGCUAAGAACUGAAUUGGGAGCACUAGCGUGAAGGAGAUAUUUCAUCUAGCAGAAACACUCAAGGAACAUACGUCUGCAGAUUGGUUUAGUUAAAUGCUCAGAAGCGAUGUAGGCAAACGAAUGGUCUCUGCAACAGCAGCACUGGACAGCAGUUGUGAAAACCAAACAAAGAUUUGAAAUCAGCUUUAAACAUCUGUUUUGGAAACAAAAGCCCUUGCAAAUAUGCGCCUGACAGAAGCCGACACAAACGCAGGGUUUGAUUUCCAUAUUCAGUAUCCAUAAAAUCAGGGCUUUCCUGAUGGAUUUUCAAUUAGCUGUGGGGAAGUUUCGUCACUGGGAAACGCUGGAAUGAACAAAAUACAUACCAGUCAUUUUGCUUUCAUUUACAGAUAUUUUUCUUUCUGUAUUUUUUUUUAUCCCUUAUGCAAUUCUUCAGGAAAUUAAACCAUUCUAAUGUCUUCAUGUCAUCGGAUUGUAUCAAAAUGUAACCUGCAAUCCACAGAAACUGAAAAUCACUCGCUCUAAAGGUACAAUCAUGUUUUUUAGCAAGCGUGAGGCUCAUGGUUUCGGUUUAUUUAACCUUCUCUGGAAAGAAUAAGAUACUGCCUGCAAAUAUGUAUGGGUUCAUUAACACCUGCUUGAAGUCACUUGUGAUAGAAAAAUAUGGUGAAGAAACCUGGGAUUUACUGAGGGUCCAAACUGGAGUGCAAGAUACAUUUAUGACAUAUGAAGUAUACAAAGAUGAAAUAACGCUGCAGCUUGUUGAAAAAGUCUGCAACAUGUUAGAUGUUUCACCAGAGGCAGUAUUGCGCCAGUUUGGUGAAUAUUUCUUUGAAUUUUGCAAAAAGUCAGGCUAUGACCACAUGUUGAGGACUCUGGGUGGGGACCUUUAUGAAUUCAUAGCAAACCUGGAUGCUUUACACAGUUAUCUGUCACUCUCCUACCAAGAAAUGAAUGCCCCAUCCUUUAGGGUAGAGAUGAAUGGGGAUGGAUCCAUGCACCUGCAUUAUUAUUCAGACAGAAGAGGCCUCUGUCACAUAGUUCCAGGUAUCAUGGGAGCUGUGGCAAUGGAUUUCUUCAAAACCGAAAUUUCAAUGGAAAUAAUCAGUCAGACUGAUGAAGAGGAGCGCACAGGAAAGAAAGAACACGUUGUUUUUCUGGUCACACAGAAGCCAGCCUUUCCUACAAAAUGCCCCACUAAGCCCCCACUUGUAUCCCAAGGCAUUAAGAAUAAGACUUUUGAGAACACUUAUAACAAGUACAGAGACAGGAAAAAACAAGUAUCUGUUUGUCCUGUAAAGAAGAAUCACUGGGCGACAAUAAGGGGCAUAGUUCAUCUUGGAAGAGGUCGAAUGUUAAGGGAAUUUCGUCCAGUGUAUCCCAAGGAUUUGUGGGUUGAUGUAGAAACUUUUUGCAAAGGACUUCCUUUCCACAUUGUAUUUGAUGAAGAGCUAAGGGUGAAGCAAGCAGGUGUGAGCAUUCAAAAGAUAGUUCCUGGACUCCAAACCACUGGCAUUCGAUUAGAUCAUUACUUCAGUACUGUGCACCCAGAGGUCACGCUAACCAUUUCCAGUGUCAGAAAAUUUAUCAACAGUCAGUUUGUUUUCCAAACGAAGAGACACAUGAUGCCAGAGUCCUGGAGAGACCGCCCAAUGCUUGAGCUCAGAGGUCAAAUGAUAUGGAUGGAAAAACUUGAGUGCAUGUUAUACUUGUGUUCUCCUCUGCUUCGGACUUUGCAUGAGCUGGAAGAGAGGCAGAUGCACAUCUCUGACAUUGCCCCACAUGAUGUCACACGUGAUCUAAUUCUGCUUAACCAGCAAAGAUUGGCAGAAAUGGAACUUUCCAAUCAGCUAGAGAGAAAGAAAGAGGAGUUGAGAAUCCUGUCCAAGCAUUUAGAGGAAGAGAAGAAGAAGACUGAACUGUUACUCUGUGCCAUGCUUCCAAAACAUGUGGCCAACCAGCUUAAAGAAGGCAAGAAAGUAGAGGCAGGGGAAUUUAAGGAAUGCACAAUAUUGUUUAGUGAUGUUGUAACUUUUACCAACAUUUGUGCUCAGUGUGAGCCAAUCCAGAUAGUCUUCAUGCUGAAUUCUAUGUAUCUUCGUUUUGACAGACUGACAACCGUUCAUGAUGUUUACAAGGUGGAGACAAUAGGGGACGCGUAUAUGGUGGUGGGUGGUGUACCAGUACCUGUUUCUUCUCAUGCGGAAAGAGUUGCAAAUUUUGCAUUAGGAAUGAUUCUUAUGGCAAAACAAGUGAAAAAUCCAGUCAAUGGGAAUCCUAUACAGAUUCGAGUUGGCUUACACAGUGGUCCAGUGCUAGCUGGAGUGGUUGGAGAAAAGAUGCCUCGAUAUUGCUUAUUUGGGGAUACAGUCAAUACAGCCUCUAGAAUGGAAAGUCAUGGGGUUCCUAAUAAGAUUCAUCUGAGCCCAACUGUAUACAGGUACCUUAAGGGUAAAGGUUUUGAAAUAACAGAACGGGGAGAAAUUGAUGUGAAAGGAAAAGGCCGGAUGCGCACAUACUUCCUGAUUAGAAACUUGAGUGCCAAAGAGAAAGAGAUAUUGGGUCAAGCAAUAAAGGAGACUGAUUCAGGACGAGCAUCUUCUCAGUCUCUUAAUGAUGAAGCCAGCAAAAAAAACAUGCAAAGAAAUUCCCCAAGAGAAGCACAAGAGGAUGAUAUCCAGGAAAACCUUCCUAUCAUACCAAUGCACUAUUCUGAUCAAGUCUACAAGCCUUUAAGUCUACAAGUCUGGGACAAAGAAAGAUGCCAAGAAGUAAAAGAGCUAAAAAGUAAAUCGAGAAGCUACGGGAGCGUGCCAAGUUCCCAGCACUCAGCAGAGGAUCCUCUUCCCAACGCAGUCGUUUCAGACAAGGACAAGCCCCAGAACAAAACUGUCACGUCACAUUUCUGUCUUCUGCUAUAACAGCCACCGGCUAAAACAAAUAUAUGAAUCCACCACAAAGUCAUGGUAUUUUAAUGUUAAAUUCCUUUGCAGGUAUGGUGACUGAAAAGAGCUAAACAGGCAGCAGUAAUUAAAGGAACACACUCAUUCCUAGCUGUUUCAUGCUUCAUUAGCACAGCCACGUAUUGCAUGGUAUCCUGGAAACAUAAGUAUGAACUUAUUAAGCUGCAAAGAGAGGGUGAGAGGAAAUUCAGAUCAUCAAACUCAUUUAUGUAGAAUCCUGUUCUCUCUCAGAUCACAUGUAUUUUAAGACAGCAUCUUAUAUCUUGCCAUGUAUCUAUUGGGCAGGUUUGAAAAUCCCACCAGGUUUUGACCACUUGUUGAUGCAGUUCUUGUCUGACUGACCCCAAUCUCUCCCAGUAUAAUCAUAUUUUUGGCCCACAGAUCAAUGUUCCAGUGCAUAGGUGGCCAAAUAAGACAGAGAUCCACUAGUUUGGUGACCUAGCCAGAUUUGCAGCUCUCCAUGGUUUGGCCAAUUUGAGGCUCCUUUGAACACAAUUGGUUAAAAGACUGGGUGUGAUUUUAUUUAAACAGAAACGCAUAUUAAAUGGCUGAACACAACUAAGCUUAGGGUGGUGACACAUGCUAAGAUGCGGACAGAUUAAGCCGCCCGGUGAAUGUAGAUCAUUGGCUGGAUGGCACUUGGAGCACUUUUUCAGAAGUCGC